UGUCAGUGUUCUGCGUAGGAGUGGCCUCUCGCCGAGGUUCGGCUUCACUCUCGCUUGUCGGGCGACGCUAACGAGGUUUGCGCAGCGGGACGAGAAGACGAAGGUGAACGGUCACGAUGAGACCAACGUCAGCCUGGACGACGCUGGUCCUCUUGGUUGUUAUUCAGGGGACAGCCAGAACAUGCACAGUGAGGAAACUGGGCAGCAGCACAGGCCGUUUUGCCAACGCCACAUUGGUACGACUCUCCGAGUUUUUGAGUGCUGGCUACAAGAAAGGGGUGCGACCCGUGAAAGACUGGCGGACCUCCACCCUGGUGGCCAUCGACCUGAUGGUUUACUCCAUCCUCAACGUGGAUGAGAAGAACCAGGUCUUGACAACGUAUGUGUGGUACAGACAGUCAUGGACGGAUGAAUUCCUGGUCUGGAAUCCCGAAGACUUUGACGAGGUCAAACAAAUUUCUCUACCGACCGCCAACGUUUGGGUGCCGGAUAUCCUCAUCAAUGAGUUCGUUGACGUGGGGAAGUCUCCUGACAUACCGUACGUCUAUGUGACCCACGACGGACUGGUGCGCAACUACAAACCAAUCCAAGUGGUCACCGCCUGCACGCUCAACAUCUACAAUUUCCCAUUCGAUGUCCAGAAAUGCAGCCUGACCUUCCAGAGCUGGCUCCAUACAAUUGAUGACAUCAACAUCACGUUGAUGCGCAGUCCCGAGGAGCUGAGGGAGGACAAGAGCGUCUUCAUGAACCAAGGAGAGUGGGAGCUGCUUCAUAUUCUGUCCAACUACAAAAUAUUCAGCGUGGACGACGACGACUACUAUGCCGAGAUGAAGUUCCAUGUGGUUAUCCGUCGGCGGCCGCUUUUCUACACGGUCAACCUGUUGCUGCCCAGCAUUUUCCUCAUGGUGAUGGACAUCGUAGGCUUCUAUCUGCCACCCGACAGCGGCGAGAGAGUUUCUUUCAAGAUCACUUUACUGCUGGGAUACUCCGUCUUCCUCAUCAUUGUGUCCGACACUCUGCCCGCCACCGCCAUUGGAACGCCACUCAUCGGCGUAUAUUUCGUCGUUUGCAUGGCCUUGUUGGUGAUCAGCCUGACGGAAACGGUGUUGAUCGUACGUCUGGUCCACAAGCAGGACCUGCAGCCCCCUGUGCCUCACUGGCUGAGGUACCUGAUUCUGGAGAGAGCGCCGGCCCUCUUCUGCAUCCACAAGAAGCACCGGUUGUGCUCCAGAUUCUCCUCGCAGACCUCAGAUAUGGCUGACUACAAGGACGACAACAACUAUGGGACUGUCCAAUGUCCGCUCCAUCACACCUGUGAGAUCGGCCGGCAGCGCGAAAGGGAGGCCACCCUGCUGGGACGGGGCCUGCCCCUGCCGAGGGACCCGUCGCCACCCGUCGUGAGCAACAUCCUGCAGGAGGUGACGGCGAUACGCAGCUUCCUGGAGAAGCGGGACCGCUGCAACGAGGUGGCCAAGGAGUGGCUGCAGGUGGGAUACGUUCUGGACGUGCUGCUCUUCAGGGUCUACUUGGUGGCCGUGGUGGCUUACAGCAUUACGCUGGGCACGCUGUGGUCCGUGUGGCAGGUGGCCUGAGGCCCGGACGUCAUUUUGGUAGCUCUUUGGGAAGCGGAGAAUUACACAGCAGGUUGUUGAAGUUUGAAAACACUUGCACGGUAACCCCAACGGGUAGUGAGGCCACGUGAUUAGUACCUUUGUUCAGCCAAAUGGGUUGAGCUAAAAUAAAGCUGAAGCGUACUUCAGAUUUAGCGAGUCCCAUGAAGGUUGUGCCAUGCUUUCGUCCAUUGUGGGAUGUACACAAAGAUAAGGCCUCAUAGUUUUCACAAUAUACCGAUUGUUAUGAGUUGCUUCAUAGGAAAUUAUAAAGGAGAAUAGCGACAGUAACAGAAAAAAAAUACAUUUUUUUUUUAGCUACAGCAGUGUUCCGGGGUCAAUUUGAAGCGUUGGAAAAUGGGGAAAAAAAACAAUCCAUCUUACAUGGUUAAUAACAUGCCUUUGCUAAACCAUGUCAUUGCAAAUAUGUGAUAUGACAUCCACAGUGCACUAUAUAUUCACAAUUAUAAUUUGUGGAUUUGUUUCGCUCCUGCUCAAACUAUAAUAACACAAAAUAUAACAGUAAUAAAAAACGUAUGCUGUAUUUGAUGAUGUGAUUUUACGCCGAAUGCAUUUAACCACGUCAUAAAAUCGAAAUCUAUGUUCCAGCAUACAUCCUUAUUAUGUCUAAACCGGCACAUUACCAGUGCCGAUAUUACUGCGUGAUGAAUUCAAUGCUCUUAUCAUGUAAAUGCUGAAAAUGCUGUAGUUCUAACAUCCAGCCAUAGAGAGGCGCUGUUCACUACUACAUCGAAGCUCUUCAAAAGCGAACGAGAGACCAAGCUGACUGGAUUCCGGAUCUUGGACCGCAUGGAUUUCAGAAUGCUGGAAAUUAUUUUGUCUAAAUGACUUUUAAAUGAAUUAAAUCCAUUUCACUCUGCAGUCAUUACACAAGUGACAACACGGAACGUGUUAUUUCUACAUGAAAAUGCACACAAACCUAAGAGACAUGACUGCGCACUUAAAUUAUUUCAUAAGCACAAGAUAGGACACAUAUUUGUGUUCACGAAGGAACAAAUCCGUUUCAACUCACUCGCUUAGAGGCGCACAGCUGUUCGUGUGACUUCUCCCUUGUUCCC